AUGCCACUCUAUGCCAAAUUUUUGAAGGAGUUGAUGACCAAGAAAAGGAGCUGGAGAAAUGAUGAAACUGUGGUAUUAACCGAGGAGCGUAGUGCUAUCAUUCAGCACAAAUUACCUCAAAAAUUGAAGGACACAGGGAGCUUUCAAAUCCCUUGUAUCAUAGGAGAAAUUACAGUGGAAAAAGCCUUAUGCGAUUUGGGAGCUAGCAUCAAUUUGAUGUCCAUAGCAGUGAUGGAGAGGAUGAAGAUUGAGGAAGCCAAACCAACAAGAAUGACACUUCAAUUAGCUGACCGAUUAUUCAAAUUCUCUCAUGGGAUAGUAGAAGACUUGUUGGUAUUGGAUAGAGAUUUCAACUUCCCAGAGGACAUUGUGGUAUUGGAUAUAGAGGAAGAGGCCAAAGCUUCCAUCAUCUUGGGAAGCACAUUUCUAGCAACUACCAGAGCCAUCAUUGAUGUCGAAAAGGGUGAACUUACCCUCAGAUUACAUGAUGAGAAAAUGGUGUUCAAUGUGUUCAAAGCCAUGAGUUACCCACGGGAAUCAUUAGGAGAAUGCAUGAGGUUGGAUGCAAUGGAAAUCUUAGUGCAAGAGACCUUUGAAGAAGAAGAACUUGAGGAGGUGUUAGAAGAAGAUCCCGCAUCAAAUAGUGAAGCUGUAGCAAUCCAACCAAUUGAAGUACCCAUUCCAAGCACAUCAGAGGCAAAGAGGAAAGGGAACGAAGCUCCAAAACUUGAACUGAAAGCAUUACCCUCCAGUGAUCAUCAAUUCUUCUCUCAGUCAAAAAACAAGAGAAGGAGCUAA